CCCUUUUUAAUUUAAUCAAGAAAAGCUUUCAUUUGAUGAUAACUUUCAACACGUAAUACAAAGAGAAUAAGUCGGUAAGUAAUUAAUCAAAUGAAAAAUCACCAGCCAAAAAGACUCCAACGUCUGUGUAAGACCUCCUAAUAAAAACACCAUAACUUCCAAAUGAACAGCACACCAAGAAGAUAAUCAAUAUGCCAUAAUAUGUCUCUUUCUUCCCUUUACCCCAUCUCUUUAUUUUUAAUGCUUAGAACUUGUCAUUAAAAGUCCAUACUUAUUUAUUAAUCAAACUCUUACGCCACCUUCCUAAUUGUGUUUAGUACUCUGUGUAUGUGUGUGUGCGCAAUUUUUUUUCUUCCAUUUCCUAAUUCACUCUUAUCAUCCUCAGAUCAAAUUGAAAUGAUAAAGUACCAUCAAUCACUCUCCCAUAUCCCUUCUUCUUCUUCUUCUUCUUCUUCUUCUUUUUCUCAUCAGCCAAUUCUUGAUUCAUCUCGAAUGGCUAAUGAAGAACCUGCUGACCCAAACAACCUCAUCUCAGAUCACAACAUCUUGGAAUGGAUUAAUGAAGGUUCCCUGGCUUUCCCCUCAUCCAUUUUUGAUGAUUCUUCUGUUGAUUUCAACCCUGAUCCCUGGUGGCCACCUCAACUAGGUCAACAAGCUCCCCUGGAACAACAAUAUGAACAAAUCAACCACAACAAUAAUAACACUUACACUUGUACUUCUUUCAAUAGUAAUUCAACUGUUACUACUGCCACCAGCUCAACUCUCACUGAGAACUUUGUACUUGAUAAUCCUCAUCAGCAGCAACCGCAGCUGCCGUUGGUAUCGGACACAUGUAAGAAACGGAAAGCAUUGGAAGAUUCAGGUCCUCCUCCAAGAAUAACAUCAUCCCAGAUUUCCCAGAGGAGUCAGAAAAGUCGGGUUAAGGAUGCGGCUGACAACGAGGGAGACACAAUUGUCGAACAGACUAUGCCGGCACCAGUAAGGAAAUCGUCUGGGAAUAAAAAGACAGGAGCCAAGUCGGCAGGGAAUAAUGGUGGUAGUAACAGUAACAAAGAUGGAAGGUGGGCUGAGCAGCUGCUCAAUCCUUGCGCGACUGCGAUUGCAUCCUCGAAUCCAAGACGGGUUCAGCAUCUCUUGUACGUGAUUAACGAGCUUGCCUCGUUAACUGGUGAUGCAAAUCAUCGUCUGGCUGCUUAUGGCCUCCGAGCCCUGACACAUCACCUGCCUAAUUCCCCUGCUUCUUCCUUGUUCUCCUCCACUUCAGCUGGAGUUACUACCUUUGCUGCUUCGAAUCCCAGGUUUUUCACUGAAUCACUGAUCAACUUCAGUGACAUCAAUCCCUGGUUUCGCAUCCCAAACAGCAUAGCCAACUCUUCCAUCCUUCAAAUUCUCGCUGCACAGAAUCAGCAGGGGAAUAGUCUUCACAUCCUUGACAUUGGAGUCUCUCAUGGAAUUCAGUGGCCAACCCUUCUUGAGGAAUUGACCCGCCGAUCAGGGGGUCCCCCUCCAUUGGUUCGCAUCACAUUCGUCACGCAGACCAAUGACGACGAACAGUCAAGAAGCACUCCCUUUGCGGUGAGUCCUCAAGGCUACAACUGCUCUACACAACUCCUAACCUUCGCCAAGAAGAUAAACCUCAAUUUACAGAUCAACAGGCUUGACAACGUCCCUUUACAGAACCUGAAUUCCCAGGUUGUAAACUCCUCCCAAGACGAGACGUUGAUCAUAUGUACACAGUUCAGGCUACACAACCUGAACCACACCGCCCCUGAUGACAGGACAAACUUCUUAAGAGUUUUAAGGAGCAUGGAACCUAGUGGUGUAGUGCUUAGUGAGAAUAACCUAGACUGUAGCUGUCACAACUGUGUAGACUUCGCAACAGGGUUCUCCCGGCGAGUGGACUACUUGUGGAGAUUCCUGGAUUCAACAAGUGCCGCAUACAAAGGGCGUGAGAGCGAUGAAAGGAGGAUGAUGGAAGGAGAAGCAGCAAAGGCGUUAACCAACCUGGGCGAGAUGAAUGAACGGAAAGAGAAAUGGUGCGAGAGAAUGGUUAGUGUCGGCUUCAAGAAGGAGGUAUUUGGAGAAGAUGCAAUUGAUGGGGCAAGGGCGUUGCUGAGGAAAUACGACAGUAAUUGGGAGAUUAGAGUGGAAGAUAGAGAUGGCUGUGUGGGAUUAUGGUGGAAAGGGCAGCCUGUAUCAUUCUCUUCAUUGUGGAAGAUAGAUCAGAAAGAAAACCAACUGAAAUAG